AUGAAACUCCUACAUCGUCGUCCAUCUCUCAUCGCUAAUAAAUUCCCUGAACUGGCCGGUUUAAUGGAUGGGCCUUUCACUGUGGGUGGAGGUCAUGGAGGAGGGAUCCCAGGUAGGAAAGUGACAGACUUUUAUUCCAAGGUCAGCGUAGGAUACCAUUUGGAUGUUAAUGUAGCGUAUACUUCUUUAUUUACCAGCUUCGUUCUUUAACCAGAGGAAUAGAAACCGCAGGUCCCUUGAUGCUCACACUGGUACUGAGCCCUCUGAGCUUCCCGAUGUCCAGAGGAAUCAAUACUCUGUGUCCAGCCGAUUGGCAGGUAGGUUCCCGCACAUGAAGAUGACAGAAACACAUAAGAAAGUGACAAACAUUGAAUUAGCAUAGGACAGUAUUGUAGUGUAUACUAUUUUAUUUUGUGUAAGUUGUUGUAGUCAGGCUGCAGUCUAAGAAACUCAAAAGAAACAGAACAAAACCAAAACAAAGCAUGUGUGCCAGAACUGACAGGCUGAGUGGUAAAAUUCAAGGUUAGCUUUGGUCGUCUUACUUACAAACAGUAAACUUUUUUAAUAUUUAAUGUUUUAAUAUUUAACUGUUUUAUUUUACUGUGUUCAUGUCUCUGUUUUAUUAUUUAGGGUUUUACAUUCUAUGUAAAGCGUCUUUGAGUGUUUUUAAAAGCGCUGUACAAAUAAAAUGAAUUAUUAUUAUUAUUAUUAUUAUUAAACUGGUUAAAGAGGACUAGUACCAGACCAGUACAGUAUAGAAACUGUCCUGAGGUUGCAAAACUAAAAUGUCUCAAUAUUUGUGAGUAAAACAUCAACAGUAAAUGGUAAGAAAGUGACAGACUUCAACAUACACUCCACAUUCAGGAUAGGAUGCUAAUUGAACUGUGUUUUUACGUAUCCUUUGUUAUUUACCGGAAAAUCCCCAAAAUGUGCCGAUGAUACUCCCACAACCUCGUCCUGCUCUCCUUAUUAAUGAAUUCCCUGAACUGGUCGGUUUAGUGGAUGGGCCUUUUUCUGCAAGGAAGAGACGUAGCGUGGGGAUCCCAGGUAAGAAGGGGACAGACUUUUACGUACACCCCAAGGUCAGCAUGUACCAUUUGAACGGUAAUGUAGUUUAUCCUUCUUUCUUUACCAGAUUGGCUCGUAUACUCCAGGAAUAGAAACCGCAGGUCCCUUGAUGCUCACACUGGUAAAGAAUUCCUAUUAAUUCCUACAGUAUUGUAGUGUAUACUGUUUUAUUUUGUGUAAGCUGUUGUAGUCAGGCUGAAGUCUUAGAAACCAAAAAUAAAAAAAGUCCAAAAGCAGGUGCACCAGAACUGAUUGGCUGAGUGGUUAAAUUCAAGGUUAGCUUUGGUCAUCUGACUUUCAGACAGGAAAUUGGUUACACAAAGCUGAAUAUGUCUCAAAACUUUUGUCCCCUAGAGGAGAGACGGCCGACUGAAAGAGAUGUUGUGUUCUUGUUGGAUGAAUCUGAUGGAACUAGAACUAGCUUCCCAACUGUGCGAGACUUUGUCCAAGACGUUGUGGAGAGACUCAGUUUGGAUGACAACAAAGACCGUGUCUCAGUGGUUCAGUACAGCAGAGACCCAACUGUCCAAUUCUAUCUGAACACGUACACCACAAAAGAAGACAUCCUUCAAGCUGUCAGAAGGUUAACACACAAAGGUGGAGACACCCGCAACACUGGAGCAGCUCUCCAGUACUUGAGGGAAAAUGUCUUCACGGCCUCUGCUGGAAGCAGGCUCCAGGAAGGAGUUCAGCAGAUCCUCGUUUUGAUAAGUGGUGGAAGGUCCUCUGACAAUGUGGAUGUGCCAACCUCUGCUCUCAAACAGAUGGGUGUCCAUACCUUAGGAUUUUGA